AUGGGGCAGAGACCGACAGGUACACAGAGCCACAGGACCCAGGAGCUACUGCAAACCGUCUCAGUCCCAUCCUCUUCUAAAGACAUCCAGGAGUUUGCCAGCUAUGCCCAGGCUGUGCUGCGCACGGUGCAGGAGGCUGUAGACUCUGAUAUCACAGAGAGCAGCUCAGAUGAAGAAUUGGAGCCUGAGCAGAAAUGGGGGACCAGGUCUCGACCAGCAUGGUGUGAGUGGAGGUGGCAGAAGGCGAGGGCUGAGGCGGGCAGCAGGUGGACCUGGCUACAGCUGCGUGUGGCAGAGCUCGAGGGACGCAUCCAACAGCUGGAGGACCUGCACAAACAGAUCACCUUCACCAAGGCACUCAGCCAUAAUUAUGAGCCGUCCUCCCCUCACCAUCCACCUCUGGUGUGUGAAUAUGCCCUGGUGGAGUUGAUGGCAGUGUGUGUGAUUGUGUGUGGUCCCAGGGGGUGUGGUCUUGGCAGAGUCGCAGCCGUUGACGGACAGGCAGAUCCAGCAGACGUUACUAACGGAGACAGCAGGGCUGUCGUUCAGGGAGGGGGGACCGCUAGAGACCCUCCCUCCGACACGGAGAACGAACCCAGCAGCCCCACACGCCUCCUCAGGAACAUACAGAGACAGAGUGCCCAACUGAGCCAAAUCGUCAACAGCCUGAUGCCGCCUCUGAACCUCUCUCCCUCCUCCUCUCCAAUCUCUAAAGACUCCUGGAGUUGGAAAGGACAGACCAAGAGAGCCUUCAGCAGUGGCCUGCUCCUGGGAGGAUGUGACCCCUUCUCCCAGAAGGGAUCCAAGAGGAGGAGAGAGAACCGCAGGAGGCCGCACUUCCUCCAAGUGGAUGCCACCUGUGUCUCAGCCCGCACACGACCCCUGGUGACCUAUCACAAACCUCGACUCUUCAUUAACACCACCCACAGACAGCAGGACUCAGCCUCCCUCUCCUCCUCCCUCUGUCCCACCUUUGUGUCCUGUGACCCCCUGGCCCUGUGUUCUGACCCAGCCUGUUCCUCCGGCAGCACCCUGAUCUCCAGGACCAGUGGCUUUAGGACACUCCCUGUUCUCUCUCUCUCCUCAGAUAGCCUUCUGUCCCACCACCUCCAGAACGCUGCCCUGCUCAGAGAGGACUGGGUCCAGCGACCUCUACUACCGGUCAAGACAGAGUCCAGUGAUGUCUACUACCACCACAGCUAUAUGGACAGGGGACACACUUGUCCAUCAGGGUUCAAUUGCAGCCACAAGCAGCAUGGGAGGAGCCGGAGGGGAGUGGCCAGGGGUGUGUCACCUGUCAGAUGGGCGGGCUCUGCUCAGACCCCACACUGGAAGGCUUCUUGUGGAGGGAGGAAGAGGAGACACACCCACAAGACCAAAGAAGAUGAGGAGGUCCUCUUGUCUCAGCUGUCAGACCCUGAGGACAGUCCAGAUGAGAGCCUGGAGGAUGCCGUUACACCCCAGACCUCACACACACACAAACAGGAUCCAAUCCGCAGACGUCAGGGAGAGAGUGUUUACACCAUUGACAACAUCAUCAUCCCCAUGUCCCUGGCUGCCACUACCAAGGUGGAGAAACUUCACUACAAAGACAUUAUAACACCCAGCUGGAGAGUGGUUGAUAUCCCACCCCUGGAAGAGAGAGAGAGACAGGACGAGGAAGAGGAGCUGCUGUGUGACGAGACCUUUUCACAGAGUCAUCUGGGGUGUGAGAAGAGAGAGAAACUCCGCUGGACCUCCUGGGAUAAGAGCAGAUGCUACAGACGCACCACCAGAUCUGGCAGUAGGAACGAUGGACCAGGUGUUUCUGUAUGGGACUCUGCUGUCAGGGAUGACAUCAGAGGUGACAUGAGCACUCACGUGGACUGGAGCUGCAGUCUGGACACAGACGCAGGCAGAGCCUUAGAGGAGUGGGUGCCUCGACUCCCAUGGGAGAGUCAUGUGUUCCCGCUGUGUGAGGAUGAGGCUCUAAGUUGUCAUGAAGAGGAGCAGCAGGAGCCUCGCUGGGAGGAGAGAGAGAAGGCAGAUUCCACCAGCAGCACAGAUGACAGCAGCAGCUCUGUCCAGUCACCCCCAUUCUCAGCCCUGUCUUCAGCCCUGUCCAGUACAUUACCACCACCUGCUGGAGACGAUGAGAACAACACACUUACUGCAGUCACCAGAAAUGACUUGGCUUUACCAUGGCACAGAUCCCUUCAGGAGUUUAGGAGACCCACAGGGACACAAGAGGAGGCCUGAACUCCCUGGAGUAGAUGUCACACGCUGUGUACCUCAUUUUAAUGUAUACUUGCUACAUUUCCUAAACACAGUGAUAUUUUAUUUGGGUUCAAAUGUUUUAGAGCAGGGUUUUUUAUUUAUUUAAAACAUUGUGAUUUGUUUUAUUCCUUUCAGUUCCUCUGCUGUAUUUUAAGGUUUUGGAUGGGAUUGUGUUGGAUAUUCAACAUGUACACAUUUAAAAAAAUUUAAUUUACCCUGACCUGCAUUCAUAUUGAAGAUCUGUGUACUAGUGCACAAUCGAUCGUAACCUUGGCUGACAAUGUACCAUAGUAUGUAAACAGUUGUUGCCUGUUAUUUAUUUUACGUUUCAAGACAUGUCUGAUAAUGCAGUCUUAACAUAUACUUUUAUAUACACUACCAUUCAAAAGUUUGUGGUCACUUAGAAAUGUCCUUGUUUUUGAAAGAAAAGCUAAUUUUUUGUCCAUUUAAAAUAACAUCAAGUUGAUCAGAAAUACAGUGUAGACAUUGUUAAUGUUGUAAAUGACUAUUGUAGCUGGAAACAGCUGAUUUUUAAUAGAAUAUCUACAUAGGCCC